AUGUCUGGAGUAUCCUACAAGACAUAUGCUGCCUUCCUCAGAUUGUUUUGUUGUUUCCACAUAGUCUUCCCUGUCCAUCUGAAUGAUGCAAAGUGCGGCUUCUCAGGGCCAAGAACCACCCUAAACCGUUCCGUGAGGAUCAUUGGAGGGUCCGAGGCCAGACAAGGGUCCCAUCCAUGGCUGGUGUCUCUCAGGAUCAGAGGGUCACAUUUCUGCGCCGCAGCCAUCUUGACAGACCACUGGCUUUUAACAGCUGCUCACUGUUUUGCGAGUGUAUCAGUGGACCUCCUGCACUCUGUCGAGGCUGUAGCAGGUGAUUUUAAUCUCAGAAAGGUCGACAGAGGAGAGCAGACCUUCGGCGUAAAGACCGUGAAGUUCCAUGAAAAGUAUCAACACUCCUCGCCAAUGAGCCAUGACAUCGCUCUCCUGGAGAUCAAAGGACGUAUUCAGUUUGGUAAUUUGAUCAAACCUGUCUGUCUUCCAAAUCCCGGUGAAAGGUUCCCACCUAAGACCAUGUGUGUUGUUGCUGGUUGGGGUCGUAUUAAAGACAGAGGACCGCUGCCUUUGGUUCUUCAGGAGGUGGAUUUGGACGUGGUUGAGCAAAGCAGAUGCAAACACGUUCUGCAAACUCUUAGACCUGGACAAAAGGUCUUUACAGUCCUGUGCGCUGGUCCAGAGAGAGGAGGUAGAGAUGCCUGCCAAGGGGAUUCUGGGGGUCCUCUUCUCUGUCCCAGGGCAGACGGUAGCUUGGUUGCAGUGGGGGUCACCUCAUGGGGUAAGGGUUGCGGCCGAAGCUGGAAUAACAACAAGAUCAAACCUCCAUCGAGAAGAGGCUCUCCUGGAGUAUUCACUGAUGUCUCAUUGUUCCUGUUAUGGAUUAAGAUUAAUUUUAAGAAAGGCUGGUAUUGUUUCUGCAAUUUACCUUUAAAAUCUCUGUGCAGUGUAGAAGAUGGUGCUGUAUCUGACAGUAAAGGCAUUAUCAGAAAUCCAGCUCAUUCGGAGCAAAGCUACAAUAACAAUGAGAUAUGUCUGUGGUCCAUUCGUGUCACAGGUGGUAAGCAUGUUUUAUUGGAGUUUCAAGAGUUCGGCCUGGAGAACGACAUGCGGUGCCAAAGCGACCAUUUGACAGUGUUUGUUGAUGGAAAGAGGCGAAUCGGGCAGUUCUGUGGCAGUCAAAGCCCUUCUCCAGUUCUUAUUGUGGGUUCCCAAAGUGUCACAGUGCAGUUUGUGUCGGAUGUAAGCAGAACAGGGACCGGAUUCAUCAUGCAGUUCAGCGACGUUGAGGAAGAGUAUAGUUUUGGAGCAGAAUGUGGAACAGUGGUGCUGUUACAAUCCAAAGAGGCUGUGCAGAGCCCCGCCCACCCACAACCCUACAACAACAACACCCUGUGCCGUUGGGUCAUCUAUGCCCCAGAAGGUUAUAUAGUCAAGCUGAACUUCAACGACUUUGACCUUGAAGAGUCUGAGAACUGCCAAUAUGAUUCGCUUACAGUUUUUGGAGAUAUUAAUGGAGAGGACGAAAUAGUGGUUGUAUGUGGCAGGAGUGUUCCCCCAGCUGUCCUCAGCUCCAGUCAUAUAAUGGUUCUGCAGUUCAGCACAGACAGUAGCGUAUACGGCCGCGGUUUCAACGCCUUCCUUUCUUUUAUCAGCAGAAGAGAUCUCAGAGAUACGGCGUAUGAAGAUAAGAGGGAGGAAGCAGAUGAUAACAGCAAAGUUAUUUUACCACAUUUGCGGCCUGGUUUGUCCUGCACAUACCUUUACUGUUAUGCUUACUAUUCUGAUAGUUUCACAAGAGGCUCCUUUGAGACCUCUUAUUUACCUCGAAACAUCGAUCGUGUAGGUGAAUUUGGUUUUACCACGAACACUCAGUGGCAUUCCAUAGAUUUCACAGCUGCGUGCGGAAUUCCUGAUGUCUAUGCUGUCUCUGGGUUGGACGCCCUGAGGAAAGCAGAGGAUGAUGGGAUUCAUGCCUGGCUGGGGCACGUGAGCAUUGGUCUGGGUGCAGGUCAUGAGUGCAGUGGGGUUAUAAUCAGAACAACAUGGAUUCUUACUGUCGCACACUGUGUCUAUAACCUGGAGGAGAAACUGUUGAGAUUUAUAACAGUAAGAACAGGGAGUUUAAAGGAACAGACCCAUGAUGUCAUCAGAGUACUCAUACACCCUCAUUUCAACUCCUCCUCUCUGAACUACAACGCAGCUUUGCUUCAGCUAAACUCUCCUUUCAAUCUUGGUGAAAGCACACGGCCUGUCUGUCUCCCCUCGGCUGGACAGGAAAUCCCCCCCUCCCUCCUCUGCUGGGCUGCGGCGUGGACCAGCCAAAUGUCAGGACAUGGCCGGUACCAAUCAGUACAGCUAAAAAUAUCUGUGCUGGAAAGAACGGAGUGUGAACAACACUUCAGAAGCAGAUUGACACCUACUAUGCUAUGUGCUGGACUGACUGAACUGGACACUGCAGGGUCGUGCAUGUAUCAGUGGAUUGAUUCAGGUGGACCUCUUUUUUGUCUCAGCAACAUAUCCGGUGUUGUUUUGAUGGGGGUGAAGAGCUGGGGAGAACCAUGUGGUGGGAUGCAGAGAUCUGCAGUAUAUACUUCAGUUCCAGCCGUCAUGCACUGGGUCUCACAGCAACUGGACACAAACUGGGGCCCCUGAGAGGUACACUUCAUUGGCUGAAUAUUACUGACUCCACCCACUCUACAGACGCUCUCUAACUGUGCUGGUGCAAAGGUUGGAAUACAGGAAAAAAUGAA